AGUUUGAUGUUUUUUCAUUGGAAACAACGUGGGUGUGUGAACUUGAUGUGCACCACACUCACCUAAAUUAUUGAAGAGGGACUGCAUGUGCAAAAGCAAGCGAGUUAGCUCUUAGUAAAAAGGUGGCACUCUAACUAUCUGUGUAUUACAGUUUUUUUACGGACACCAGAAGAUAGAACGCUGAUGUAAAUGUCAUCUUUUUCUAGCAGCGUUGCCGUUCUUGUACAACUAACUGCAGGUAAUAAGAAGUUUAAGGCUUCCAAAUUCGUGUCUCUUGUAAAAGCUCUUCUCCACUAUCUCCUCCGUUCGUUUCGGGAGAGAAAGUUCAAACUCACACUCAUCUUCGCCUCUCUCCUCACCGCGACCUUGAUGCUGACCAAAGUCGCCGAAAACGUGUGCCCCACGCGGGCGCAGCGACUGUGGAAGCGGGGCCCUUUAGGCCUGAUCAUCGAUGUGGUGCAGGCGGUCUGCGGGGUAGAGAUUUCGGCGAAACGGGACAAGGAGGCUGAGAGUUGUACGACGUCUUCUUCGUCCGGAGCAGCGCAUUGUCGUGUGUCCACAAAGACGGGAACGUCCAGCACGAGCGACGCGAAAACAAGGACGGCGAGCAGGACGGAUUGUGCAGAGGAGGACCAUCGAAAGCAGGAUUUAGACGGUAUGAAAAGACUUUCAAAUUAUCAAGGACAUGCACGAAAAUGAUGUUGAUGAAGAUGAUGACGAUGAGUUUUAUCUCGAUUUAUGUUUUUGCGCCAUCGUAGUUGUGCAGUCGUUUUUGUUCCACUUCAAGUUCAAAAUGAAAAUCGAACUCCACUCUCAAAACAACAGAUCUGAAACGAGUGCUGAAAGCGGUCUUGACGACUCUGAUUCCGCAGCCGUUUCAGGAAGCCUGGGGUCUGUCUUCUAGUGCUUCCUCUGCUAGUUGUACUAAUACCGCUACUGGUCGUUCGAGUUCCAGUUUCACUGGCAGCACAACGAAGGGAGCAAGUGCGGACAACAGGAAUAUUACUCUCGCCGCGACAACAUUUCCAUCUUCAUCUUCCCACGAAGAUGCCUCCGCAAAAAUCUCCCCCUCCACGACCUUCACCAUUGCCGAUAAAAUCGAAAAAUUUGAAGCCAUUUCGUCCGCGUCUCCCUCCCCGAAAAAGAGCCACGGCAGAAGCAGGCGGAGAUCCCAAGAGAGUGCAGAAGUAGAUGUUGCGACUUUCUUUGAAACAACUACAACAACUUCAUCUCCCACCUCUAGAAAGAAUACCACGACCACCAGCAGCUCCCGCCGCCGCGCUGGGACAUUGGCGCCGCGGCCCACAGUGAUUGGGCCGGAAGUUGCGUUGGGUGACCACGUGGUGUCAUCAGUGAUCGAAAAUCGAGCGGCACCAGGACCAGAGCUGCAGCAAAAGGCCAUCAUCAUCCCCGCCAACGACGUGAUUGUCACGAAAGAGGGAAGCGAGUACUUUCAAUUAGAGAAGAACGCGCAACAGGCAGGGAGUUUGUCCGCGUCGAUCAUUGCGCCGAACGGCGAGGAGGAAGAGGAGGAGGAGGAUACCUGCAGCCUCGCGGACGUCGUGGAGUUGCUGAAAGAGCAGGAGGACAAUAAUCUAAAAGGUAGUAGUUCUUGUACAACCUCGACUGAGGUCAACAACAGCAAAGCCAAUCCACAGAAGUUGCACACGACCAACAACAUUUCCGACAGUCUUUCUUCUUCUAAGGAAACCACCGCCCCCCCGCUGUCCUACUCCAACUCGGACGCGCUAACGCAGACGUUGACGGGUACCGUGAUCGGGAACGGGAGCAACGCCACGGAUAUGAAAUGCAAAAAUGUCUGGGUCUGGCUCUGGAAGAUUGCAACUUGUCACGCUGUUUUUGGACUCUAAAAAAAAUUGUAUUGCAUGACCAGCAAAAUGGGUACAGUUUUUGCUACACAGACAGGCCAUUUCUCAUGCGGAAGGUGCAUCAGGAAGCCCUCUAAAGGUCUGCGAUGCUAGUUCAAGCAUUACAGGCAUUAUGGGUCAUGAGAAAUAUGCAUGACAAAUCUUGCAUUCUUCCAGACCCAGACACUUUUACAUUUGAUAACGGACUCUUUGACCGCGACCCGCGUAAAUUUGCUGGAAGACGGGUUCUACUUCGAAGAGGUUUUUAACAGCAGCAGCUCAACAUCAACAAACAUAGUAAAUCCUUUUAGUGUGGUCGGUGAAAAUGUGGACGGUGUCGAUGGUGGAAAAGAAGAAGUGGUCGAGGACGAAAGGUACAGUAAUAGCAGCCGAAUUCUGGACGAAUUCGAGCAGCAGAAACGAAACGACAUGUUUCUUAUGUCUGCUAUUCACAAUCUACCCAGCGGGCUGCUCGAAUUUGCGGACGACGAGGACGAGGAACCGCAGGGGGAUUUGUUUCCGUCAGGAGAGGACCAUAGUCAGGAGGACGCAGCAGGGACGAAGAAGAUUACGAAUUUGUGCGAGGAGCAACAGCGAGAAGAAUUUGCGUUCUUCCACCCAGUGGCAGAGGAGGAAACCAAAAACAACAACUCCAACAGGGAAUGCAGUGCAGAAACCCUCGAAGAGGACCAGGAUGAGGAGGAAGAAAACAACAGUUUCAGCGUCAAUAUUAAAUGCAAAUAUCUACUGUCGUAGACGUCUGGAAACCACUUGUGAUGCUGAAGAACUGUGGACGAUGAAGAUGAAAAUUACACUUCCACCGAAUGAAGUCAAGAGUAUACAAUUUUGCAGAACGCCAGCGCUUUCUCAUGAUACGCAGCUCGCAUGAGAGCUUGCAUUUCUGUACGACGAGAGCAGAUGAGGCUGCGACUUCUAUUGGUCAUGCACAGCACGACAGGAGAUUUCAGUGGUAAUCAAUAUGUAUAUGCAACACCAGCAUUACAAGCAUGAGCAUCCGAAGCUUCCAAACCCAGACAGCAUAUUUGCCAUGCAUAGUGAAAUAUCAAAUGUAAAAAUGUCUGGGUCUGGAAGAUUCUGACACUUGUCAUGCACGUUUUGCAUGAGCCAUGAUGUCUGUGAUGCAUACCCUAGCAAUACAGAUUUCUUGAGGGCUUCUUGAUGCCUAUUCCGCAUGACAAAUGCCUUCUCAGCGUAGCACAAAUUGCAUUCCCUUUGGUACUCAUGCAAUACAGAUUUUUUUGGAAUCCAAAUGCAGCAUCACAAGCUGCAUUCUUCCAGACCCAGACACUUUUACAUUUGAUAUGAAAAGCCAGGGCUUCGCGGUGCGGCGCGACAAGAUCCAGAUCAUCGAUAAUCUGGAGGGACUAUCAGAGUGCACAACUCCCCUUCCACCUCAUUUGUAUUGCAUGAACGGCAGUACAAGCAUCAGCAAGAGUGCCGGUUUUGCAUGACAAAUUCUCACUGGAAUGUAGUACUAUUUGGGCUACCAGAGCUUGUCAUGCAAACAGUGCCAAGAUGCAAGGAGUCGUGGAUUGGGUAUUUUGCAUGACAAAUGAGGGGGAUGGAGAGUUGUGCACUGUCAUAGGGACCGGUGAAAGUGAACCCCUUGGCGGAUGAGCUGCACUCGAAGAGAAUUGAGGAAUUAACGGCAUUGAGUGACGCGAGGAAUUUCGGAGAGGAGGCCGAAGCGUCCGAAGAUGACGAGGAUUUAUUGCAACCGGAAAACGAUGAAGAAACGAAGAAGGCGAUUUUUGCACGAGCCACCUACUUGGAAGAGGUAUAAUUUUUUACAUGGAAUGUAUGAUGAUUUUUUCUUUUAUUGCAUGCAUGCACACGUGGACGCGGUCUCACUGAAUCUGGAAAAUAUUAUUUGUUCACACCAGCACGUGUGAAUCAUGGUGCGGAAAAAAAAUCCUUUGCGGUUGAUCGUUUUCAACCGAGGGCAAGAUGAUGAACGGACGAAGCGAAAAACACGAACGCAAGUAUUCAAAUACAAAACACUUUAGGAAGAAGACGCAAAAAUUCGGCAAGCUCCCGUGAAUUUUCUGGAUCCCAACAUCGGGAACUUUGGCGUGUGGUUCACCCAGCUGCUAGACGUGAAGUACCGCGACCAAGUGACGCCGUAUUCAAUCGCAAUGGCGAACAAAAACGGGAGAAUCGGGCAGAACUUAAUGACCAACGCCACUACUUCCUGUGCGGAGGAACAAGAAGGGGGUUGUAGCUCCAGUAGUGCAGAUGAGACAGCGGUGGGGACGUCGAGUGGGGUCGUUUCUCUGUCGUCGGGAAAUUCGUCGGAGGCCUAAGGGAGGGGAGUCAGAAAGGAAUUUGUCUUUCAUAGAAGCUGCGCGCAGCUUUUUAGUGCUGCAAGUCAAGAAGAUAUUUCAUUUUUCGUGAUUGAAAUUAACAUCAUUGAAUCAAAAAUGUAUCCGAUUCAACACAGAUCCAGAUUCGAUUAAACUUACGUGCCCACAUCAAGCUACGCAUGAUCAUUUUUUUGAAAGCGUUUCCACUUCAAGACCGAUUUACUAUACAUUUUUAUGCGUUUCUCUUUUAUGACAGGAUUACAGACACCUACAACAUUGAGGUUUGUUGAGACACGACUUGAAGUAAAAAAUAUAAGGGACCGCAGGAUGAUGAAAUGGAAGCGCGUGCUUCAACUUCAACUCGUGCUUGCCCGUCCAGCAGCACCUGCAGCACUAUGCACUUGUUGGUCGCACAACAUGAGUUUUUUGUAGGAUUUACAACAUGAUAUUUAUGCGAAGAUACUCGAAUAGUUACGUUAGAAGAAGAAAUCAUAAUUGCUACGAAAUUAUAAUGCGAAAAGGCUAAACUACACGAAUACGUCUCAACAUCAAAGCAUAUUGUAAACAUGUGGCCUAGACGACUUUUCACUCGUGUACAAUAGUUCCAAUUGUGAAGCUUGAGUAACAACAUCGGCCUCCAU